AUGUCUGGCCUGGGCUGUGCCCGCCAACUGGAGGCUAUAUUCGCACAGUUAGGUGAUGAUCUCGCAAUCAAUGGUGGCGAGCGUCCACCAAAGAUCAUCAUCCUGGAAGCUCGUCCACGAAUCGGCGGUCGUGUCUACUCGCAUCCAUUUCUCAACCAGUCAGGGUCUACUUUACCGCCUGGCCAUCGCUGUACAGCUGAGAUGGGUGCCCAAAUCGUUACUGGCUUUGAACACGUCGUGGAACAAACGCAAGAUGCAUUAGUCGAGAAGCUGUACAACGAUGUCUUGGAGCGCGCGAGCAUAUAUCGCAAUAAGCCUGCGACCCAAAGAACUGUCGAGGGAGAUCGAAAUCUCAUUUUAUUCGGUCGCGAACCUACAGACAACGGGGGACCGUCUAUCGCCGAGCUCGAACAAUCGAAUACCCCACUAGCGGCCAACGACAAAAGCACGGCUUCUACAACAGAAGAGAAGCCCACGUCGGGUGUGGAGAAGCUAGCAGGAAGGGCUUACCAAUUGAGCACAGGCUUCAAUGCGGGCAUAACAGCAGCAGAGGCGGUACAGAGCUUGGGAUGGUCACUGAAGCCUGGUGUAUCGAAGGCCCAGUCAGUAAAUCUCGACGCGAUCGCGCAUGACUCUGAAUAUCCAACACUGGGGAAGACCAUGGACGAAGGUUUGAAGCAAUACCAAAACCUCGUCGAUAUGAAGCCCCGAGACAUGCGCCUCCUGAAUUGGCAUCACGCCAACCUCGAAUACGCAAAUGCUGCAAGUGUAAAUCAGCUCAGCCUCAGUGGUUGGGACCAAGAUAUGGGCAACGAAUUCGAAGGACAACACACCGAAGUCAUUGGUGGCUACCAACAGGUCCCCCGCGGGUUGUGGCAGGCUCCCAGUCAGCUCGAUGUUCGAUUUAAGACGCCGAUCAAAUCUAUAAAAUACAAUACCGAAGAACAGCAACUCGGAAAGGCAGUACGAAUCGAGUGCAGCAAUGGUGAGGUUUUCGAAGCAGACAAAGUUGUCAUCACAACUCCGCUCGGUGUGCUGAAGUCCGGGUCCGUCACGUUCCAACCACCACUUCCAGAUUGGAAGCAGGGUGUGAUCGAACGUAUGGGAUUCGGCCUCCUGAACAAGAUUAUACUUGUUUACGAGAAAGCAUUCUGGGAAGCGGAUCGAGACAUGUUCGGCUUGCUCAACGACGCCGAAAUCGAGGCUAGUCUGCGACCAGAAGACUAUACCAAGAAGCGAGGGCGGUUCUAUCUGUUCUGGAACUGUCUAAAGACAAGUGGCAAGCCCGUGCUGGUAGCUCUCAUGGCAGGCGAGUCUGCACAUCACGCGGAAACGAGCUCGAACGACCAGCUUGUAAAAGAAGUCACCGACCGCCUCGAUUCAAUGUUCGCACCCAACACAGUGCCCCUGCCGACAGAAGCCAUUGUCACACGUUGGAAGAAGGACCCAUAUGCCUGCGGAAGUUACUCGUACGUCGGGCCGAAAACACAAGCUGGUGAUUACGAUGUCAUGGCACGACCACAUGGCCCACUGCACUUUGCUGGAGAAGCAACUUGUGGUACGCACCCCGCGACUGUGCACGGUGCAUACUUGUCCGGCUUGCGUGCUGCUGCGGAGGUUGCUGAAGCUAUCAUGGGGCCCAUCAAGGUGCCUCAGCCUCUGGUGGAGAAGAAGACGAUCAUCAAACUUGAAUCUCCAACAACGGCUGCUUUCGACGGAAAACGCAAGAUGGGGCCCGCUGUGCUGCCGACACAACAAGAAAACAAAUCGGGGCGAGUACGCCGUGAUGAGGACUACGAGGCUGCGAUCAUUGGCGCGAUAUUGGAGCAGAUUGGCGAGCGUCCGAUCAAGCCAGGCCGCUCGGGCGUAAAUCCGUUCCUGCUCUACACCAAGGACUUCUGGUAUAUUUGCAAGAAAGAAUGCGACGAAGCAAGGCGAGCUGCAAGCGGCAACCCUGAGGCAAAGGCCUCCAAGCAGGAAAUCCGAACUGCCAUUGGCUUCAAGUGGCGCACGGCAACAGAGGAUGUCAAGAAGCCAUAUAUGGACCAGGCGACUAAUGCACGAGAAGACGCAACAGCGAAUGCAGCAAACUUCAAAGAGCAGGUCGCAACCUGGGACAAGGAAGCUGCGCGCAUACGAACGGAGUACAUCUUGAAGAACCCACCAGAGAGUGGAAACGAGGAUCUGAUCCUGAACAGCCGCACAGCAAUCGAGCUUGGAGCAGGCAAGCGAUUACGGAGACUAUGA